AUGAGCAUUGCUGCGUACUUGAUUGUGGCUUUUGUUGUCUUCUUCAUAGUGGUGUCUCUACCUUUUAUAUCAGGUAUAGCCUCCUACAAAAUCAAUGUCAGUAAUGGUUUAGGUGAUAAGAAACAUAAAUCUACGGAUGGUAAGAAGCUUGUAGAGUUCCAGCUUAGUAAGGGAGCCGAUUUGCAACGGAAACAUUACGAUAUUGAUGGGAAAACCGGGUUAAAAAGACGUAACAUUCGUAAAGUUGAUAGUAAUAUCUCAUCUUAUGACUAUGAUAUUGAAGAGUUAAUUGCUGAAGAUGAGAAGAUGGAACAAGAGGAAAAUGAUAGACGGUAUGAACAGUUUAAAGGAAAAGAGAAUGAAAGGGUUGAAGACUUGGCUUAG